AGCUAACCAUCCAGAAUGUAUUCCGCCAUGGCUGAAGCUUACCCGGCCUCCCCAGUGAGUUCAGACCGGCCCCUGCCCCCGGUGACCCGACCUCAUGCGGUCUCGGAGGUGACUCCGGCAAGGAAAAUAACCUUCUUCAGGAGUGGGGACCCCCAGUUCAGCGGAGUAAAAAUGGCCAUCAAUCGGCGUAGCUUCAAGAGUUUUAGUGCCCUUAUGGAUGACCUCUCAAACCGAGUCCCUUUGCCCUUCGGAGUUCGGACGAUUACUACUCCUCGAGGAACUCAUAAUAUAAACAGGCUGGACCAGCUUCAAGAUGGAGGAAGCUACGUAUGCUCUGAUAAAAAAUAUGUGCAACCCAUCGCUGGGCGCAAAGUGGGCGCUCACAAAAGCAGCCGCCCGGUGAGCGCCCGAAAACAGGGUCAGCAGGAUGAGCCGGAGGAGGAGUUCUCGGCGGCUCACUUUCAACAGGUGCCCAAGCUGAGGAAGAAGGUCGUUCUAGUGAAGAAUGGAGAUCCAACUGUUAGGCGAUCCAUCCUUCUAAACCGUCGGAAUGCACGCAACUUUAAGACGUUCCUUGAGGACGCUUCGGAUCUUUUGCAGUUUACUGUUCGCAGACUCUACACCGUGGAUGGAAGGAGAAUUGAGAACAUACAAGGCGUUCUGCAGUCAUCCAGCAUCCUGAUCUGUGCCGGCAGAGAGCCCUUUAAACCCAUCCAGUCAGAAAAUGUGCGCAAAAGCGUCACCGAAAAGCUGCCGGGUCUCCGAUCUCAUCACAACUACAACCACAACAGCGAGAUCCGCGACAACAAGAAAAAUGCCAACUUUGGACUUAAAGCCAAGAAAAGUGUGAUUCACCCGCGUUCUGCAUCAAGCAACAAGACCAGGUUCUCCCUAUCAUCUGAAAAAUCUGAUCCAAAUGAACUAAACAUGUCGCCAGCAAACAGUGGCUUUGCAUCGUAUUCCAACUCAUGUCCGCAUGAAAAAUCAGAGGACACGGGCCACUCGCUGCUCAAUGACGACAUUGAAAAAAAGGUUCAUGUGAACAAAGAUGGCAGCCUUUCGGUGGAGAUGAAGGUGCGUUUUCGUUUACUCAACGAGGAGACCCUUCAAUGGUCCACACAAAUAAAAAAGUCCAGCACAUCCGGCAAGGGCAAAUGUGAAGAGGUUUGUUUAUAUGAUGAAAAGGGUAAAAAAGAGAUGAACCACGAAACCUUUUCUGAGACAGAUGAGUCUUUUUAUCCAUGUGAUGGCGACUCAUACAGCUCAAAGCUUAACGAUGCGGAAUUAGACAUGUACUGUGCCCACUGUGGAAUGCAGUGUGAAGAUUAUGACAUCUGGAAGAACCCCAUGCAUGCCAACCCUCAAGAGGACUAUACAAAGAGGGCAACUUGGCAAACUCAGUCACCUGCUUCAAGCACUUCCUCACAUCGCAAAUUAGUGUCCAACCAAAAAGCAUCUAUGGGCAGCCUCCAUACCAUGUCUUCUGAAGAGUACACAAAACAUGUUGUCCACAAAUCCUCUUGCUAUUCUGAAACUAGAGAAAAUGGAGAAACAACCAUUAGGUACUCAAGAGUUAGCCAGUGCACAAGUCGUAGUAGUCAGUCAACUGCUGCAUCAAAUGUGGACGCCUCCUCAGAUACAGCCAGGCAGAAGACGGGGGAUAGCCAAAAGUCACGUUCCAGCCAUAGGAGUCCAAUGUCUUUGCAGAACCAGGAGUCACAGAAUUCUGAAGGACACCUAAAAACUGAAGAUGGAAGCUUGGCAGACUGCGGUGAACCACCUCCCACACCUUGUUCUGAUGGUGAAAACUGUAGUCAAAGAGUUGAAUUGGUUUCACAGUCAUUGCACUCUAGAACAAGUAAGAGAAGACUACUCAAACGAGACAGCACUAAUUCCAAGAGCUUUGGGUCAAAUAUCAGUUACACUGAAAAUGAAGAAAGAGAUCAAACUAGCGCUAAAGCAAUACCUAUGAAUAUGCUAAGUGUUUCCACUGAAAGAAGAGUGUGCGAAGACGAUAGUGAAAGUACAGAACAACCAGUGACCACAAAUGAACUGGAAGAUCAAGAAAACAGAGCUAGUGACUGCGAUAAGUGUUCCUCAAGAGCAAGCUCUCAUUCCAGAUCUUCAGCAGGAAGAAGAGAGAAAAACAAAAGUUGUAGCCAAAAUGGUGGUGAAGGUUCCUGCAGUUCUCCUCGCUUGUCUUCCAUUUCAAAGCAACAUAGUGAAAAAAUAUUGGACCUUGGGCAAAGUUUAGAAAAUUGUGAGGCCAUUGCAAAUGAUAACAGGUCUACCUCUUCUAAAUCAAAUAGAAAAUCCCUUGCAGAAAGUCGGGGACAGAGCUUUCAGUCUAACCGGUCGCACCAAACAAUGUCACCUAUAGCAGACUCACCUUUACCACAAGAGGAAGUAGACAAUCAAACCACAAUUCAAGAGGACAGUUGCAAUGAAUCUUUAAAAUCCCACUGCACAGGCAAAUCUGAAGAAUGCACAGCAGCCACCGCAGAUGGUCAGGAAAGACUUCCAGUAUCACGGUCAUCAAGUAAAUCUCAAUCCUUCAGUUCGAAAUACAACAAUGUAAGCUGUCCGGAAAAUGAAAAAAAUUAUAGCGUUAGUUCAAGAGUGUCAUCGGCAUCUGAGAAAAAAGGCAAACUGGCUGGGUCCUCUGAAAUAUGCGAUCGCAGUUCUUCAAGAGACAGUGCCAGAGCCAUGUCCCAAAAUAGUAAAGAUGAUGAAAAGCUAAAUGAUCAGAAUGAAAAUGCUGAAACAUGUAGUGGGAUAUCAGCUUUAGAGACUCCCUGCAUUCACAGUCCUUCACCUCCAAAAGAUAAACCAGUCAAAAGACAUCUGCGAUCUUCUCACUAUAAAUAUUCCAGUAAUAGCAUGAACAAUGACCCAUUGAGAAACGUUAAUGGAGAAAUGGUCGACAGCUCACGAUCGUCAACAUCUGCAUCAAAGGGAUUGUUGGUGUCUAAGAUCAGCAUUGAGACCUGCAAACUGCUAAAAAAUUCUCCUAAUAAUAAUAGUACAGAGGAAAUUCAUAAUAACAAAAAACGUAAAAACAGCUCUAGUUCCUCAAAGAGAAAACUCAAAGUAGAAUCAUUAGAUCAAGAAAAUAUCGUUAGUAGUGAACUUACACCAUCUGCACUACCCAACGUUUCUCCAGAAGAAGUCGUAAAUGAAUGGCUUAAAAAGAUUCCCUCGGAGACAAUGGCUGUUGAGUAUGAAGUCGAAGAAUGCCAAAAAAAGGUCAUUAUGGAUAUCAAAACUGAAGGACCAAAACUGGAUGCCGAUAAAGAGGACAAUGGUGAACCGAAUGAUGUCUCCAUAACAGAUGAACAAAAUGAUGACCAAGUUGGCAAGCAGAUGACUGAGGUGUGUUGUACUGAUAAUGCCAAUCCAACAGCAGUUGAAAAUUUGUCAGAUAAGGAAGAAAUUGACGCGUCCAAUUUGUCAAAUAACUCAAAAACAAAUAAUGCGAAAGAUGAGGCAGGGACAAAAGACUGCACUUGCGAUAAAAGGUCACUACCAAACAACAUACAUAAUUCUGUGCAAAUAAUGAAGGCACUGCUUAAUCCAUUACAGGAAUCAAAACUUGACCGGUCAAACAGUUUACCAGAAGUAUCACAAACCAUGGGAAGGAAGCUUAGUAACUCUGCACAGGUCCUGAUCUCAUGUCUUGCUGGUCUACAGCUUUUAAAUGAUGGUCCAACAGAUCCCACAAAAAACUCAAACGACUCAAAGUGUAUUGAACUUCUACAUAUUUUUCAGGCACUAUGGGCAGAAGGUCCAACCAAUAAAAAUAUAACUGAUCUUAAGUCUGCGAAGCACUAUUCCAGAGAAGAUGAGUUGACUCCAGUUUCGUCCUCUGGAGUGGAUAUCAACAGCGGGUUUGAUGGAUCAGAUGGUAGUAUAACUGGCGGAGGUGAUGGUACUGCAACUGAAAAAUCAAUAGUUAAGGAAGUGGAAUGUGAUAGUAAAAACAUACAACGUUGCGAUGAAGAACCAACCUCUUCAGGAGACCAGGAUACAGGAAGUGGUCAAACAGCCACAACAGAAACUGCCGAUGCUGGUUUUGAUGAGACUAAAUCUUAUGUCAUGGAUGAAAAUAUGAAUGAAAAAAAGAUAGACAGCAACUCUGAUGGAGAUGUAAAAGACUCUAUGAAAGGACAUGAAAUCACUAAUUCAGAAGCUGUAGAGGACCAUGCCACAAGUAAUAAUGACACCAUGAAUAUCCUUAGCCACAAUGAAAACGAGGCAAGAACCCAGGAGUCGUACUCACAGGAAGCAAAUGACAUCAAGUCUAGCAGUCAGACCACUAUCAUAUCUACAUCUGAUUCAAAUGAGAAAAACAAUCCAGCAACAAAUGACCAAACAUUUGACGCUGACCCAGUUUGGGUGCUGAAGCUACUAAAAAAAAUUGAGAAGGAGUUUAUGACUCAUUAUGUGGAUGCAAUGCAUGAAUUCAAGGUCAGGUGGAAUUUAGAAAACAACGACAAUCUCGAGGAGAUGAUUGCAGAACUUAAGAAUGAGGUAAGCCAAAGAAUCCAGAGGAGUAUUUCAAAUGAGCUUAAGAAAAUGAAGAGUCGAUCGGGAAUGAGGAUGCCAAGGCCACCUGACUAUGGUCUGAAGCGCAAGUCUUCUUUGCAAGCAGAGGAAAGACGAAGACGCUUGCAGGCAAUGCAGAGAAGGUCCAUGCAUGGUUAUGCAGGUGGCGAUAACAUGGAAGGUGGAACUAAUGAUUCAUGUGAGACUGAUGAAGAAGACCUAACUUUCAGUGCUUCAUUUGCAGAUGACAGCAGUGGACAAGCGAACGAUGAGUUCUGCCCAUGUGAAAAAUGCAUAAAACAGAAAAAGUUAGCAAAAUUAGCAAAACCAAGGCCUCCAGUUGCCGAUGCUCCCAUCGUGAGAGCAUUUGACCUUCAGCAGAUAUUGAAGAUAAAGAGGGAAAACAAUGAGACAAAAAAUACUGGACAACAAGCAUGUGACAAUGACGUAAAGGCAGCAACUGGAAAGGAUUGUCCUGAAGGCCAAAAUGAAGACGAUGCCAUUGACGCUGUCUCUCUAUCUUCUAAAGCUGAUGAUGAAAUGAUAACAACAAAAUCAGACGUCAUAGAACAAGAUGGUGAAUAUAAUAAUGAGACUGAUAGCCAGCAAGAUAAAAUAGCUGUAGAAGAAGAUGAAAUAUGUGAAGAAAACGACCUUCAAGAUGAACCUACACGAGAAGAAGAAAUGGAAAACGAAUGCACCAAUAUAGAAAACAAUUUAGAAAACGAGGACUCUAAUGUUGAAAACAAGUCCGAAAACGAAGACUUCAAUGUAGAAAACAAGUCCGAAAAUGAAGACUCCAAUGUAGAAAACAAGUCCGAAAACGAAUGCUCUAAUGUAGAAAACAAGUCCGAAAACGAAGACUCCAAUGUAGAAAUCAAUUUAGAAAACGAGGACUCCAAUGUAGAAAACAAGUCCGAAAACGAAGACUCCAAUGUAGAAAUCAAUUUAGAAAAUGAAUGCUCCAAUGUAGAAAACAAUUUAGAAAACAAAGACUCCAAUGUAGAAAACUAUUUAGAAAACGAGGACUCCAAUGUAGAAAACAAGUCCGAAAACGAAGACUCCAAUGUAGAAAACAAGUCCAAAAACGAAGACUCCAAUGUAGAAAACAAGUCCACUGAUGACUUGGAUGGCGAAGUAGAAAAUGCCAUAUCUGAUGAACUUAACUCUGGAGGUGCCCAAGUGAAUGGGAUGAGCUCCGAUUGCCCAGUGGAUGAGGAUAACACAGCAGUAGUGUGCGAAGAUGAACAGCCAAACCAGCUAGAGGAUGUCCACCAAGAUCAAGAAUUACCAUCUGAACACAAGGAAACAAAAGAGACUUCUGAUUCUGAUGAUGAACAACCCAUGAAGGAUGAGGCUGUUUUAAUAGAUGAGUGUUGUCAAAAUGGUGCUUGCCAUGAAAAAAUUGACACAACAAACCCUGUCAUCAAAACUGAGGAAAACUCAGAAGAUGAAGACACGGAAGCUGUUGAAUCCCAUGGUUUGUACUUCCAGAGAUCUUGUUUAGGUAAUGGUUCUCUCAUAACACAGAAUGGCUCUGUGGAAGAUCUAGAAGAAUGUAAAGAGACAAACAAUACCUUAGGGGAAGCAUCACCAAAUGGACAAUCAAACAGUUCUGGUAGUAAACAUUCCCAGAUGUACCCUGACAGUUCCUCUGAGGAGGAGGAUGGAGACUCCCCGCGAGAAAGCCCCGCUAUGGGUAAAAAUAAAAGUGAAAGUAUUGGGCGGGUAUCAAACCACAAAGGAAGCUUUGAUGAUUGUGACAGUAAAUCCAAGAAGGCUUUGGAAGAUGAUAUUAUUGAUCAAGAUGACCUGGACUUUUAGUUAAACUGACUUUUAGACCCGUACAUAAACCUCUAAAAAGCAAAGCUCAACAAAUCCAACUGGUAAAACUGAUAUUUGCAUUGCAGUUUAUUUGCCUAGUUGUUUUCAAUCAUCCUUUAGCCUUCUGGUAGCAAAGGUUCAAAUUUGCAGCAGCUAUUUUCUUGUUUUUAAAAGCUUGUGUUUGGCACUGUAAAUUGGUCAGAGGAGGCUCUAGGCUUUGUGAAGCCUUAGGCAAAACUUAGGCCGCGUACACAC